AGCACGAAAGUGAUGAUGAUUCCUAUGAAGUAUUGGAUUUAACAGAAUACGCACGGCGUCACCAUUGGUGGAAUCGUGUGUUUGGCCGGAAUUCAGGACCAAUUGUAGAAAAAUACUCUGUAGCUACCCAGAUUGUGAUGGGCGGCGUGACUGGCUGGUGUGCGGGAUUUUUGUUCCAGAAAGUCGGAAAGCUUGCAGCAACUGCAGUAGGUGGUGGCUUUCUUCUGCUUCAAAUUGCUAGUCAUAGUGGAUAUGUACAAGUUGACUGGAAGAGAGUUGAAAAAGAUGUAAACAAAGCAAAAAAACAGUUAAAAAAGCGUGCAAAUAAGGCAGCACCUGAAAUCAAUACUCUAAUUGAAGAGUCAACAGAAUUUAUCAAACAGAACAUCGUGGUGUCCAGUGGAUUUGUUGGAGGCUUUUUGUUAGGCCUGGCAUCGUAAGGACCUGAAUCAUCUCUUCCUGAUGGCAUUCAUUCAUGGCAGCAAAGAACAGUUGUGGUGACAUGCUGUUGUAGAGCAGCGUGGGUCACUGGGCCUUCCAGAGCAGGACGAGUGGACUAGCUAGACAAUUUUGAAGCAUUUACAUUUCAGGCUUUUGCCUCUUGAAGCUUGGCAAAACUAGGAUUUGCUGAAAAACUGUGCAGUGUGCUCAUUAUAGCAUUUCUGGGCAAAACUGGUUCAUCUUCAUCAUGAGUCUUUUUAUCUAUGACCUUUCAAGAUCUAGCAUUUUUUAAAAUGUUAUUCUUGGAAUAUUGAUAUGUAACCAUACUGUAAGAAAGCAAGCUCCAUUUCUAUGUUUUCAGUUAAAUAUUUUUUAUUUUAAAAGUAUUUUCUUCAUGCUGUAGUAGAUGGUAUCAAUGACUACAUAAUGUAUAUGAAAUUGUAGUUUAAGCCUUGUGGCUGUCCAUCUUCUUUAGAAGUCACUGCAAUAAUUAUCAAUCUGUAAUACCUUUUUACAGAGUAUUAAAUAACAAAGAAUGAUGAGCUUAUUAAAAGUGAAAAUUAACUUUGACUCUGGCCUUUGUGUACACGGAAAAUAAGAAAGUCUUAUGCUUAUAACCUGCAGGCUUCUGGUACAAAUAUUUGCAGAGAUACUUGUGAUAUUUGUGUGCUAAGUGAAUGUAUAAUGUUAUUUUUCCUAGAUGUGUAGACACACAUAAACUUAUGGAUAAAACUGUAGUACACAGAUAAUUGUUGCAAUCGCAGACUCCACAAUGAUCUGAUGCUUAAUUGUUUUGCACUCAGUAAACCAUGGUGGUCAUUUCAGACCUCAGUAGUUGGUGAGGUGAAGCGAUGAAGCUUCUGUCUGAGCACUUUGCAAGUGCCAGUACUUUGUAGCACGUCAGUACAGUGUACCCGGAGUGAACUGAAGGCUGCUCUUGCAGUCCAUUUUAGCUGGAAACAGUACUCACUUUCAUAUUCAUCUCUACUGCAACUGUGUUCUCCCCAA